AUUUAAUUCAUUUUGAUUCUCAAUACUUGUAUUAAACCAUAAAAUCUGAUUUUUAUUAAACUUGUCGCGUAUUAUAGCUAUUGAAACAAUAUUUGGUUAUUUAAUAAUUGUUUUAAUUAUAAUUUGCAUUCAAAAGCAGUUAGUCAUGUCUUCCAUACCGUUCACAACGUUCUCCGCCAUUAAAGUCCAUCAAACUAUUAAACAAGAGAAGGACCGACAGAAAACAUUUGGCGGAACCCAAUCGGCAGACAUGCCUAACAAUAAAUAUACGGAUAGAUCUCAACACAAUUACAAUUCAAAGUAUAUGAACAGUGUUUGGGGUCUUUAUAACAGAUAUGCUCCGCAAGCCUUCCAGAAGAAUGAAGAGUUGUUCCUACGCUCCAAAGCGAUGACCGCCUCAUCCAAUGCCAAUUUCGCCGAAAUGGGCUCCGGAGGGGCGGUCUAGCGGUGGCCAACACUAUACGUGCGCUACCGUUCACUCUCUAUGACCAACAAUACUAUAAAUCAAACAUCAAUUUGGUUUUGUUGCAGAG